AAAUUAAAUUAAGCUUAUAUAAAAAUAUGAAUGAAUCGAAUUUAAUUUAUGAACUGAAGAAAGAACGCGAUGUAAUGUAAGGUGAAAAAAAGUAAAUAAUGAAAUGAUGGGCCAUGUUCUGAAACCUUAAUCAAUUAACAGAAAAUGUAAGAAGAAGAAAGCUCUAGAGAUCAAAUAGAAUAGAGGAUCUCUCCUCGUACUGUAAACGCAACUCAACUACACAGCCACACAGGUAUGGCUGAUCGUUACUUCCCUAACGAAAUGCCACCCUAUCUACCAGAAACUACAACAGCAGCUUCGGACGAAGCUGUAACCGAAACAAGCAAAGACUUCCUCGCGAAACUCCUUUCUCUUCCCUACUAUACGCUUUCUGAGAGACUCAAAACAUCAGCCUUGGAGCUCAAACGCAUGGUGGUGAUGGAGACAUGGGGAUUGAGUGGCAAGCGCGUGCAUGACUAUACUAUUUACACGGGAGCACUAGGGACUGCUUACUUGCUCUUUAAAGCUUACCAGGCUACCAACAAUGAAAAUGAUCUUAAAUUGUGCUCUGAAAUUGUCAAGGCUUGUGAUUCUGCUUCUAGAGAUUCUGGGCGUGUGACAUUUAUAUGCGGGCAUGCUGGUGUUUGUGCUCUUGGUGCUGUUGUUGCAAAGCAUGCUGGUGAUGAAAGGCUACUAGAUCGCUACUUAACACAGUUUAAAGAGAAGAUCAAACUUCCUAGUGAUUUGCCAUAUGAGUUGUUGUACGGGAGAGCAGGGUUCUUGUGGGCCUGUUCAUUUCUCAACAAGCAUAUUGGUAAAGAAACCAUAUCUACUGCCCGCAGAAGAGCAGUUGUGGAGGAAAUAAUUAAGGCUGGGAAAAGAUUGGCACACAGAGACAAAUGCCCAUUGAUGUAUGAAUGGCAUGGAAAAAAGUACUGGGGUGCUGCCCAUGGAUUGGCUGGGAUCAUGCAUGUUUUGAUGGACAUGGAACUGAAACCGAAUGAAAUAGAGGAUGUCAAGGGUACACUACGCUACAUGAUUAAAAACCGUUUUCCCAGUGGUAAUUAUCCUUCAAGUGAAGGAAGUGAAUCCGAUCGUCUCGUGCAUUGGUGUCAUGGUGCUCCUGGGGUUGCUCUUACCCUUGUGAAAGCGGCUGAGAAAAAAAAAAGGGAGAUUCAAGAAGUUGCAGUUCCAUUUUAUGGAUGGCUGUCCAGUUUUUGCAUAAAUAAAGUUUUUGGAGACCAUGAGUUUUUGCAAGCUGCUCUCGAUGCAGGGGAGGUGGUUUGGAACCGGGGUCUCCUCAAGCGAGUUGGCAUGUGUCAUGGCAUCAGUGGAAAUACCUACGUUUUUCUGUCACUAUACCGAUUAACUGGUAAUGUGGAGUAUUUAUACAGAGCUAGAGCAUUUGCAUGCUUUCUACAUGAUAGAGCACGAAAACUUAUAUCAGAGGGGAAGAUGCAUGGAGGUGAUCGACCCUAUUCCCUAUUUGAGGGUGUUGGAGGAAUGGCUUAUCUCUUUUUUGACAUGAUUGAACCAUCUGAAGCCAGGUUUCCUGCUUAUGAACUUUAAUCCUGCAACUCAACAGUUAAUGAGAAAGUAGAUGUGAAUAUUCCUUUAGUUUAUGAAACUUGAUGCUGUUUGUAUAAAUUUUCAAAGAUUUAGCUUCUUGAAAAUUUUGCUCUAGCAUUUUAAUUUACUUAUUUGCAUGAGCAUAUUGUUGAGAUAUGUGACUGCGAUUAUGCGAAGGGAAUAAAUAAAUAAAUGAAACUCACAUUGGAAGGA